CAUCUUUCCACUCGUUUCUACCAAGACUUCAACAUUACUGACACGGUACAAUUUUUUCUACAACAAAUUCGUGUAGCGACCAGAACGCCACAUUCACCAUCAAACCGAGGUCAACAGCGGUUGUGCAACACUCGUCUUCCAGUCCAUAGACACAGGUUGAAUCCAGCAGGAGAAUUGUGGUCAACAUCUGUUCGCCAUGCGUCACUUCAACCCAAACCAUCUCAGGAGCUCUCCUGGCGAGAUUGA